UAACGUCAGCAUGAAGCUCUUCAGCGCUCUGCGUCAGGCCUCUCUCGUGCACCGCUAGGCCACACACACACACACACACACACACACACACACACACACACACACACACACACACACACACACAAAACACUGUAUUUCCAGCCCCUCCCCUUUUCCCACCACCACCUUUUACUUUGACCCCCUCAAGACAGGAAGUAGGAACGUUCCUCCUCCUUCUCCUCGUAACCCUCAGCCAUGUCUCUACCCUGUGAUGGUGGACACCGGCGUCCAUUAUCCCGCUUUCACCGUAAAUGGGACACAUGCAUGUUAUGGUUGUUAGGAUUGGCGCUCCGAUUGGCGGUCUCGUCAUGCCAGCGCUCGGAUUACAGCGCCUCCAAACACCCCAUCGUUUCCACCAGUUACGGGAAGAUCCGUGGCAUCCGGAAGGAGCUGAAUAAUGAGAUCCUUGGCCCUGUGGAACAGUUUCUCGGCAUUCCGUACGCCACGCCACCCAUCGGAGAUCGGCGCUUCCAGCCCCCUGAAGCGCCUGGAGCCUGGCAUGAUAUCCGGAAUGCCACACGGUUCUCACCUGCAUGCCCACAGAACGUCCACGGAGCGCUGCCCGAAAUCAUGAUGCCUGUGUGGUUCACUGAGAACCUGGACGCUGCUGCUGCGUACCUGCAGGAUCAAAGCGAGGACUGUCUCUAUCUCAACAUCUACGUCCCCACAGAGGACGGUCCACUCACUAAAAAACCUGACGAGUCAGCGACGAACAGACCGAGGGACGAAGAUAUCCGAGAUCGGCGGAAGAAGCCGGUCAUGUUGUUCGUCCACGGCGGUUCUUUUAUGGAGGGAGCAGGAAGCAUGUUCGACGCGAGUGUCCUCGCUGCCUACGGCAACGUCAUCGUUGUCACCUUGAACUACAGAUUGGGGGUUUUGGGUUUCCUGAGCACCGGCGAUCAGGCAGCUAAAGGGAACUACGGCCUGCUGGAUCAGAUCCAGGCUCUGCGCUGGCUCAAUGAAAACAUUGGCCAUUUUGGAGGUGACCACGAGAGGAUCACCAUCUUCGGCUCGGGCGCUGGAGCAUCCUGCGUCAACCUGCUCAUCCUGUCCCAUCACUCUGAAGGUCUGUUCCAGAGAGCGAUAGCCCAGAGCGGGUCUGCCAUCUCCAGCUGGUCUGUGAACUACCGCCCGCUCAUGUACACCAAGAUCCUGGCCAAGAAGGUGGGCUGCAGCUCCGGGGACACGGCCGACAUGGUCAGCUGUCUGAGGAGGAAGAGCUUCCGAGAGCUGGUGGAUCAGGACAUUCAGCCCGCUCGCUAUCACAUCGCCUUUGGGCCUGUGGUAGACGGAGACGUGGUUCCUGAUGACCCUGAGAUCCUCAUGCAGCAGGGAGAGUUCCUUAACUAUGACAUCUUGUUGGGGGUGAAUCAAGGAGAAGGACUGAAGUUUGUGGAUGAUAGUGAAGGAGAGGACGGAAUUUCAGCUGCUACGUUUGACUACACCAUAUCCAACUUUGUGGACAACCUUUACGGAUACCCAAGCGGUAAAGAUAUCCUUCGUGAGACCAUAAAGUUCAUGUACACCGACUGGGCAGAUCGCGAUAAUGGCGAUAUGAGGAGGAAGACUCUGCUUGCACUCUUCACAGAUCACCAGUGGGUGGCGCCGGCGGUGGCCACGGCCAAGCUGCAUGCAGAGUUCCAGUCGCCGGUUUACUUCUACACUUUCCACCAUCACUGCCAGAUGGAGGGGCGACCAGAGUGGGCGGACGCUGCGCAUGGAGAUGAGAUUCCUUACGUCUUUGGAGUGCCCAUGGUGGGCGCCACCGACCUCUUUCCCUGCAACUUCUCCAAAAAUGACGUGAUGCUUAGCGCCGUCGUUAUGACCUACUGGACCAACUUUGCUAAAACCGGAGACCCAAACAUCCCAGUUCCCCAGGACACCAAGUUCAUCCACACAAAGCCAAACCGCUUCGAGGAGGUCGUGUGGACUAAAUUCAGCUCUAAGGACAAGCAGUACCUUCACAUUGGCCUGAAACCACGUGUCCGAGACAACUACCGUGCCAACAAGGUGGCCUUCUGGCUCGAGCUGGUGCCACAUUUGCACACACUACACGAGGAGAUCAUCAGUUUUAUUAACAGGUUUUCUGGUGCAACCCGAUUACCACCACCUGGUGGUGUCCCCCACAGACCUGGAUGGAAAAAUCCAGGGCUGAAUCCGAAUCAUGCCGGCACACGCCAACCCUCAGUUUCCUCCACAUACCCACCGGAUAUAGAUAUGGACCCAGACGGUUCGGAGCGCCCGCGCUUGUCUCCGUUCCCAGAGGCAGCACGUGAUUACUCGACGGAGCUGAGUGUAACAGUGGCAGUUGGUGCAUCUCUGCUCUUCCUGAACGUCCUGGCUUUUGCAGCACUCUACUACAAACGUGACAAGCGCCAUGAAAUGAUGCUGCUGCAACAGAGGCGACGCCACCGGCGCCUUUCGCCCCAGCGCGGAGCUGCUGGUGCCCCGAUUCCUGCGACAGCCAUCUCUGUGGGCAACGACCUGGAAGAGGAGCUCAUGUCACUGAGGAUGAAGCAGCAGAGGGCUGAGUUGGACCUGGAGCCACUUCGAUGCCCACCGGAUUACACGCUGGCACUGAGGAGGGCGCCUGAUGACGUGCCACUCAUGAUGCCCAGCACCAUUAGUGCCAUGCACGCCUUUAAUACAUACCCCCCUGCUCCUGGUCACACCCCAAAUCCAGGCCCUGCCCCUGGGUCCAGCUCUAGCUCUGUGCAUACCAACAAUGCUUUGCCCCAUCAGCACUCAACCACUCGUGUAUAGUACCUCGCCAAGCUCUUCACACACCUAAGGACUACCUGUGCCAAGACUGGUGCUCUGCAGAGGUAACACAUUUUGUCCGGCCGGGAACGUCCAGGUCCAACUCUGGAGUUCUGGUGUGCGGCACAGCUUGGUGAUCUUCAUGCUCAAAAGUAAACCAAACCGUACUGGACUCCAGAACUUCAGGAGGGGAACUAGGAACCUGUAGCCUAGUGGUAGAGAGUCAAAGUCACUGGACUUGUGUCCUUCUCAGAGAUCUUGAACAGUCCAGAUGCCUCGACUUCCUCCUACUAGACAAUUUAAUGACUUGGAGGACUGAAAACCUUUAUAGACAUCUGCAACACAUUCAACACACUCGUAUAACCCCUCCAGUCCUCAUUUUCUCUCUUUUUUUUUGGAAAACAAAGAGUUUUAAGAUAAGGAACCGAGGAAGAACCACUCACUUGGCCAUCUUUCCCUCAGCCUCUUCUCUACAAUCUCCAGCUUUAUGUUCUUUUUAACCGCGCUUGCUGUGUUGCGUUUU